AUGACCGCCACCAUUACUUUUGUCCGUCACGGAAACACCGAUGCCAAUGUCGAACGUUGGUUGCAAGGACAAACAGAUACUGUGCUCAAUGCCAAAGGACUCGAACAAGCUGAAUUGGUUGGCAAACGUCUCUCGAAUGAAGGGUUCGACAUCAUAUACUGCAGCGACUUGGAGCGAUGUAAACAGACAUUGAAACCCAUCGGUCGGCACUAUCCCACAACGCCUAUUGAAUAUCGUCAAGUAUUGAGGGAGAGAGGAUUUGGCAGCUUAUCCGGGAAGCCUCUUGCGUUCUUGAAUAACGAGAGUAUGCGACAACGUGUAUCAGUGGACAAGCUCGUCGAGCAAUCUGGUGGAGAAAGCGAAAACGAAUUCGAGACACGUGUUAUCCAAGCAUAUCACGACAUUGUAAAAGGAACUGCUCCAGGGCAACGUGUCCUUGUUGUCACUCAUGGGGGACCAUUGCAUAUUUUGACCCAAUAUUGGAUCGAGCAUGCGGGUUUUAGCGUGCAUCCGAGCAUUUAUGGCACACAAGGCUAUCGGCAUGGCAAUACAGCUGUAACACGAUUAAAGAUUGAAUCAGGGCAACCUCAUGGUGGUGUCAUUGAGCUUCUCAAUUCAACAUGUCACCUCGCCGAGCAUCAACAAUCGGGUAGAUCUGUAGCUGUGUAA